AUGGCCCAGGCUCGCUCCGCGCGCCUAAGUCCUGGGCCGGGGCGCCCGGCUCACUCCGCGCGCCUAAGUCCGCGCCCGGUUCGCUCCGCGCGCCUAAGUCCUGAGCCGAGCGGAGAGUGGAUUCCUCACACAUCCCCAGCACUCAAUCGGCCCUUCUUGCCUCGUCGUCGUCACGUUCUACUCGUCUCAAGUGUCUCGCCUGUCGCAGCCCUUCGCACCGAGUCGCGGAGUGCCCUACGAGGGCGCAACACCCGCCGCCAGGACCCUGUCGCUCCUGCAAGAAGAAGGAUCACUGGUCUCUCGACUGCAAGAAGGCGCUCGAGGACGGCAAAAAGCCCGACACCGCUGACUCGACCGUCGACUCGCAACACCAUGUCGGAUGUCUCGCCACCGGUCUUCUCGCUCGUCGUCGCCAGCUUCGCAACCACUCUUUUGUCGUCGACUCGGGCGCCACUUCGCACAUGGUCUCGGACAAGUCGCUGUUCACGACCUAUCGCCAUAUCGCUCCUACGAAGAUUGGUGGUAUUGCAGGGGGCAUCAACGCCAUCGGAACGGGAAACAUCGCCUUCAUUGCCGCCUCGGGUCAUCCGAUCACGCUUACCGGCGUGCUGCACACUCCGGGCCUGUUUGUCAAUCUUCUCUCGGUCUCUCGACUUUGCGACACCGACGAUGUCCGUGUCGCCUUCACAAAACACGGCAUCCACAUUGACAAGGACGGCAACGACAUCGCUGAAGGCGCACGACUCGACGAAGGGCUCUACUUGCUGGACGCUGAUCAUUCCAAAUGUCAGCACCUUGCUCUCCUUUCUCGCUCACAGUCGUCCGUGCCCCUGCUGACUCUCCAUCGCUGCCUCGGCCAUCUCGCACCGUCCUCCAUACAGAAGAUGGUUGCCGCUGGUUUGCUGGAGGGUCUCAGGGCCGGAUAUAGUGACGAAGAGGUAGAGAAGUUUGUCUGCAAUGCUUGCCUCAGCGCAAAGGGCCAUCGUCUUCCCUUUCCCGAUUCGGAUUCGCACUCCUCAGAGAGACUCGGCCUUGUACACAGCGAUGUGCUUUCCUUCCCCGAGCGGUCCUUGACUGGCAAACGUUACCUGGUCACAUUCCUUGACGAUUACUCGCGCAAACUCUGGGCCUACGCAAUCGGACACAAAAGCGAAGUCUUCGGCAUAUUCAAAACUUGGCUAGCCGAGGUUGAACUCGAGACGGGUGCGACGCUGAAGGUCCUCCGAACCGACAACGGUGGCGAAUACUGUUCGAGAGCGUUCACAGAGUUCUGCAAGACACGAGGCACCCGUCGACAAUACUCUAUCCCACGCACGCCUCAACAGAACGGUCGUGCAGAGCGGGUCAAUCGUUCCAUUGUCGAAGGCGUCCUUGCCCUCCUUGUCGACGCCCACCUACCCAAGACAUUCUGGGAGGAGGCUGCAGCUUAUUUCGUUUACUGCAAGAACCUGUGUCAACACGCGGCCCUGGACAAGGCAACACCAAACUCCGUCUGGCAGGGUGACCACACCACUGCCUCGGCGCUUCACCCGUUCGGCUGUACAGCUUGGCUUACGGUCGCGCCCGAACUUCGCUCCAAACUCGACCCGAAGGCGGUUCGCGUUUUUUUCACCGGCUACGACCUGGCUUCAAAAGCCUUUCGCUUCUACGACACUACAACACAGAAGAUUAUACUUGGCAGAAAUGCCUAUGAGAUGAUCACCACUACUGUCAGGAGAAGUCGAGAGUCGAACAGAAGUGAUCUAUUUCAGCGUACCUAUGAGAUGAUCACCACUACUGUCAGGAGAAGUCGAGAGUCGAACAGAAGUGAUGAGAAGGAAGCUAAGAAAUGGAAAGGUGGCCCGCGCUGGGAUAUGCCCAGGCGCGGGCGAAAUCGCUGGAGCGCUGAGGCAGUCGCGCGCGGCUAA